AUGCAACAGAAGGCCUUUGAAGAAAGCAGAUACCCCUGGCAGGAGUCCUUUGAGAAUGUUGCUGUGUGCUUGCCGUUCCGCUGCCCGAGGUGCGGAGACCAUACCAGAUUUAGAAGCUUGUCAUCACUGAAGGCCCAUCUGGAAUUCAGUCACAGCUACCAGGAAAGAACCCUCCUGACGAAAUGCAGCCUCUUUCCGUCCCUCAAAGACACAGAUCUAGUCACUUCCUCGGAGCCCCUGAAACUGGGGAAACUGCAGAGCUGCGGCAGCGUGGUGAAGCAGAAACCUAGCUAUGUUAACCUGUACAGCAUUGCCCACGAACACUGCAAGGACAGGAAGCCCUUUGAGGUGGUGGCCGAGAGGCCCGUGUCCUACGUGCAGACCUACACUGCAGUGGAUCUAUGUGACGACCCGCUGGAUGAGCCCAGGGCCAGUCCCGGGUUCCCCACCUCCAACACCAAAGCUGCUUUCGAGGCCCACGUCCGAGAAAAAUUCAAUCGGAUGGUCGAGGCCGUGGACAGGACCAUCGAGAAGAGGAUCGACAAACUCACCAAAGAGCUGGCCCAGAAAACGGCAGAACUGUUGGAAGUCCGGGCCGCUUUCGUCCAGCUGACUCAGAAAAAGCAGGAAGUGCAGAGGCGAGAGCGGGCCCUGAACAGACAGGUGGACGUGGCCGUGGAGAUGAUCGCGGGGCUGAGGCAGCGCCUGACAGAAUCGGAGGAGGAGCUGCUCAGGAAAGAAGAAGAAGUUGUAACAUUCAACCAUUUCCUCGAAGCAGCAGCUGAGAAGGAGGUUCAAGGGAAAGCUCGGCUCCAGGACUUUAUUGAGAAUUUGUUGCAGCGGGUGGAACUGGCGGAAAAGCAGCUGGAGUAUUAUCAGAGCCAGCAGGCCGCAGGCUUCUGCCGGGACAUCAGCGAGCAUGUGAAGCCGAGGACACCCACAUUCAGCGUGUAA